GCUGGCGGAGAGAAUUCCUGGGGGAGUGAGCACCCUCUUGAAGCAGAUUCUCGUCGCCAUGUUCGUUGACGGGCCUCAUAACUUCACACGCGGCUUUGUAGUUCCCCAUGGGAGUGCCGUGCGGGUGUUUCGUGCUCGCCUGGUCGGUUUUAUGGCUGAUGAAAAAGGCCACAACGAGUUCUUGGCCAUUAAAGGGGCGGCAGGGCUGAAACCCGGCAUCUCGUGCAUGAACGUGGUGAACUUUAUCCGCAAGACUGGCUGCGCCGACGGCCAGUACACCGUCGGACUGGACUGCGCAGAUAAAUCGAAGCUCAAGCAGCUGGACGACGACACGUUCUGGAGAAUGCACGAGAUCUUGGUGUCGCAGGUCGGGCAGAUAUCGACGUCGAAGGUGGAGGCGCUCGAACCGAAGCUGGGCAUUAGUUAUAAUGAGCAUGGGAUGCUGUGCGAUCCUCGUUUGAGAAGCGUGCUGCGCCCCGUGAGUAAUUACAUCAGGGAUUGGCAGCACACCCUGGUAUCGCAGUGCGUUGCGGGGCUUCAGAUUGCGGCGCUCACAUCGUGUUUGAAGAGGUCGAAUAUCGAUAUGCAUGAGAUUGCCGCCUACGCACGCUUGUGCAUCCAUCCCAAGUUGACCGCGUCACCUCCCAAGCCAGAGUGGCUCACGGAGAACUUCAUAGCGAACGGCCACGUGAAGCUGUUUGCGAGCGACGUUCUCGGACUUUGCCCAUUGUUGCUGUCAUUUCUUCGGGACAGGUGCUCUGGCCGCGUGCCCGCGGGGCACGUUCGAUGUUUCGAGCUGUCAACGUUCAUGUUGGGGCUCCUAUCAGGAGAGGACGAUAUGACGGGCGCAGUGCACGCCACGCUUUCGGGGGCCAUUGCAGAGCACGCGGUGCUGUUUCGCCGAUUGUACCAUACGUUUACCAAGGUGAAGUUUCAUCAUUUGGUGCACGUGCCCGACGACCUACUGCGACUGGGUAGGGUGAUUUCGUGCUUUGGGCCAGAACGGAAACACAAAGACGCGAAGACGACCGCGGUGCAUGUUUACAACCAGGUCGAGCACACGACAACGUUUGGAGAUUUAAACUGUUACGUUCAAGACGUUGUCGAGGGGCGGCUCCAGUUCGACGAGCAGUAUAUAUCGACGUCGAAGCGCCGUAAACUCGACAUCGCAGGCAUCCAGAUGGAUACGUCUGCAGCGGCUGCGUUGAAGUGUGGUGGCGUGAAGAGGGACGACUACGUGCUCAUCCGCACUGGCGGUGCACUUCGUUUAGGUAGAGUUGUGUUGUUCUAUGCGAUGGGCGAUUUCAUCACAGUCCACGUGCGGGAGGCUACCGAUGUGGACCCUGGGACUUGGACCAUAUGGGAUGAAUCGGCGACGCCAGACGUGUUCUUGUCGAUUGCCAAGCCCGUUGUAUACGUGCUCAUUCCACCAUCGACCGUGAAGAUCAUCGUGCCUUACUAUCAUGGCAGGGGCGCGUAG